AAAUUGUGGCCGUCAUAUCGAAACGAUAGUCAGGCUAUCGCGAACGUGAUCGGGUGAAAUUGAUAAUUCGUUUGCCCAUCAAUGCAACGCUGACCGCGCAUUGCAAAUUUCUUGUAUGAGAAAACGCAAAACAAAUGCAACUUUUACAGUUUAAAUUUUAUUUUUUGCGUUAGAAGACAUCGCGCGUGAGGACGUUGCAAGUCUGAUUCAUGCGAACAUCACACAUCAUAAUCCAAGCAAACUAACACAUACAAAAAUUUGUUCCUCGUCUGUUUUGCGCAGCGCGGUUGGUCAACAACGACGACCACCAAACAAAAACACUUGCGUUUCGUAGUAUCGGUGACGAAGUAAUAAAAUCGCAAGUGGAGGCGUUUGUUGUUGGUGUUGUUAUCUUUUCUUAUUUUUUUUUCGUAUUGCAACUGUGUCGAGGUGCAGGUAAACGCAAUUGAGAAGCCUUACAGUGCAAAUAAAAUAAAAUCAAGCUGACAACUGACAAUCAAACUUGUUGAUGCAGUGGCUGAGCGUCGACAACAGAGUAUUGUGAAAUUCAAUUUGAACAACCAAAGCAAUCCAUUAAAGAACAUCUCCGUCAAACUGGAGAAGUGGAAGAGAACUCGUCAUUCCACUAAAAAGAUGGACAAGCGCCAGCCUAGUCCAUCGGGCACUCCCACCCCUGCAAUCGUCGAUAAGCCAACAGUUCUGGAAGGCGUGAUGUUGAACAUAUUUGAUGGUCUGACGGAUAAGGAUGAGCAGGUGCGUGAAGCCAUGAAGCAAGCGAUUGUUAAGAUUCUGGAGACACAUCCAUUGCGGGCCACGGUUAUACUGACCGAUUGGCGCGCCAAAAAUACUAAGCUUAGCGAACAAACUGUGGCCAUGCUGUUGGACUGUAUUCAUCGGGUGGUUGGAGCGGAUACACCAUUGUCAACGGAGGUCAAUGAGAAACUGAUAGUCAUGGCUUUAAAUGAGCUGACGCGAAGCGUGGAUCAGCAUGUGCCGUUAAUACAGAAUCCGGCAUUGCACAUACUAGUGUCCAUUGGAUGCACCGAGGACUGUACUUUAGUCGUUGAGACGCUGCUGGCGCACAGUUGCCCAUCGAGCAACGUGCCGCACUUUAUGCUGAUGCAAUGCCUCGGCCAGUUGGCUAUGGCAAAUACGACUGGACUGGUGCCGCACAUCAAGACAAUACUAUCGCACUGUUUACCACAUUUGGGUGGCAUCAAGCAGGAUCACAUGAAGCUGGCAUACGCCUUUGCAAUCGGACGCUUUAGCGAGGCGCUGCUGGAGCAUGGCAGCAAUGCGCCCACAGAUGAAAUGAAGGCGGCCGCAAAUUGCACCACUGAAAUCAGCGUUGCCUAUGAUGUGCUUUUCAAUCAGUGGCUGCAGUCGCGUGAGCCCAAGGUGUGCAUGGAGAUACUACAGGCACUGUCGUGCAUGUAUCCACUGCUACCAACCGAUCGGAUAUUAGAUCAGGCGCCGCGACUGGUGCCUCAAAUACUGACGCUCUAUCGACGCAGUGUUGACCGCAAUGCAGUUACACAAUUCUUGUGCUCCGUUUUGAAAACGAAUCUCAUGCUGCACGCCCAGGUUCUAGAUGGUGUCAUCGAUUCCCUCAUAUCGCAUCUGUUUGACUUGGUGUGCGUCUAUCCGGACUACGAGAAGCCUCAAACAGUCAAGGGUCAUUACGAGGUGUUGCGCUGCUUCAAUCUGCUAGCGGGUAACUACGCUGUAAAAAUAAUGGACACGCUGCUUAUUCAUUUGCGUAACAAUAGCGAACGGGAGCGUAUUAAAUCCCUACUCAUACUGACGCACCUACUCAACAGCUGUGCUGUGCACAUCGAGAGCCGCCUGCAUGCGCUCAUCGAGUGCCUCAAGCAGUUGAUAGUUGCUGAGCGCGGCGUAAAGAUGAAGCUGACACUGCUGAAGACGAUCGUGGCCCUGGCGCAAAAGUCGCUGAUACGGGACAAGGAGUUUGUGUGGUUUGUGGUGCGUCACAGCUGCAAGUACAGCAAGAUUAGUCAGGACCAUGGCACACUGGAAGAGCAUGCCACACUUGCGCUUAGCUGCGAGAAUGCGCUUUUUAUGCUCGCCUCAACGGUGAAUACUUUGGAUGAGCUGCUCAAGCGUGAGUUGCUCAACUAUUUUGUACUAUUGGACUACACGGAUAUUUGUGGAAAUCAGGCCAAAUGUUUGGCCAGUCUGUUUGCCAAAUCGCCGCACAUUGAGUACGAUGUUGCCAGCGAUGAUGAGCAACACUCAUCAUCAGCAUCAGCAUCAGGUUCAGCUGCGGAAUCCGGCGUAGAAGUAGCGACAGCCGGCGCCGAAUGUCGCGGCACCACGGCUAAGCGUGGCAAGGUGAUCGUGCCUGGUGCCGAAAGCAUAUAUGCACGCUGCUUGGCGCUGCUGGGUAAUCAGCAGUGCAUCAAGCGUUCGUCAAAUAUACUUAGCUUUCUGAAGUACUAUUAUCCGCAACUAAAUCCAGCAUUGGAUGAGCUAUGGGAACGUCGCAUUUCCGACAUGCUGUUGAACAUCAACAAGCCGCAAGCCUAUAUGCAACAGCUGCAGGACUUUGUGCUGGAGACCAACGAGUUUCUGUCCUCGCGUGAUGAGCACUUUGCUCAGCGCUUGGCCAGCAAGCUGGCCGAUCAAAUGUAUUUGUAUCCGAUGCAAUUGCCCCACUCAGAGUGGCAGCUGCCGGAUCUGAGCGCCGAGAGAGGUAUGCUGCUGCAGUCAAUGGCAUUAACACUCUACCAAGUGACCGAUAUGGCCUGCAUUCACACCAAAAUCGAUCUGAUUGUGACAACGGCACGACAGGAGCGUCUGGACAAGCACGUAAAGCACGCCGAAUAUGAUCGCCGCAUUGAGCCAUGCGCUCGGGCACUCGGCUAUAUUGCUCGACAGCAUUUGGGGCAUGUGAUUAAAAAGCUGUCGGAAUUGGCACAGAUGGGCGGACGCAAACAUUCGACAGGCUUUUUUAGUAAUCUACAUUUUAUUAAAGAUACGCAUAAGGCGCUCGAUAAUUACAAAACCAAUCUGCUGGUGGUAAAGGCAUUUGGGCGCAUCAUGGACGAGGCGGAUCCGUUGCAAUCGCUUCAGCAUUUGGAUUUUGAUAUGCUUAAUUUCUUAAUGAUAGAACUGGCCGGUCACAAGGAUCAGACCAUCAUGUCGGCCAUACUACAAACGCUGCUCAGCAUUUGUAAUCAGCUUAUUGUUACCAAAGAGCAACUGCCAACGCCGCUCAAGCUUCGCAAACAGAUCAUGGAAACCGUAUUUAGCAUACCCAUUGAAGCACCCUUCCACGAUUUGCCACUGUUACCCACCAUCCUAAAGCUUGGCACGGAUUUCAUCCGCAUCGGCGGCUGUGAUAAUGUUAGCUCUGAUAAUGUAGAGGGCAGUGUCAUCUUUGAAAUUGCAUGUAAAAACUUUUUUGGCUGCGCCAAGCAGUUGAAAAUGAAAUUCGACUCGCAGGAAGAGGAUGAUCACAACAGUUUCUUGGCCAAGCAUCUGAACGAUUCGCUACCACAACUGAAUGCACUGGUACGUGCCAUUGUCGAACUGGAUGCAUCGCCAUCGACCCUCGAUCUGAUCAUUGGCAUACUGGAGUGCUGGAUGCGUGACAAGAACUCCGAGGUGCGCAUCUGUGCCAGCCAUGUGCUGAACAAUACGCUCGAGGUAUACAUCAAGUCAAUGAAAAUUGGCGGCUGUGAGGCACCCUCGAAAUUUAAUCAAACGGGCCAGAUGCUUGGCAAAAUUGUGCCCCGCUGCAUCGACUCGAAUGGCACCGUGCGUCAGGUGUCCGUGGAAAUACUGCAAAAGACGCUUGAAAUCGCCUGUAUCUAUGAAACGCUGACCAUAGCCAGUAUUGACAGCAGUGCCGAAUGGCUGAAGGAGAUUGAAUCUAUAAAGGAGAACAUCAUAACCGAUGAGCCAAAGCAGAUCUACAAUCUCGCUGGCGAUAUUGCCAAAAUUAUUGCGAUACGCAUCUCAACCUUUCAGUAUUUGCAAUUUUGUAAAACUUUGUUGCAGUCGUUACGCGAUCCGGAACCGAGCUCCACCAUUGGCUCGAGUGUUGUAUUGAAAUUUUUCAUACAGCAAAAGGGCUCAGAGCUAUUCCAUGCUAUACCCGAUCUCGUCAAGGAUAGUCUGCUGGCACUGCAGGUGUGCGAUGUGCCGCGUGCCAAGUCGGGUGUACUUAAGGCCCUGGUGGCAUUGACCAAGCACCAUCCGAAGCUCGUCUGUGCGGAGAUGUUGCAACAACAGCUGCCCUAUGAUGAGCAUGUAGUCGAAUAUUGGCAUUUGGUGUGCAAUGAUACAGAGCUCACCGGCACCAUGUUUGACAACUUUCUGCAGCUGCUUAGCGGCGCCAGUUUGCAAGAGUCGCAGGAUGGAAAUGGCGUGUCAAAUGAUCGCCAAAAAGUUGCCAGCGUUCAGCCAUUCGCUAUUUUCUGUGCGCUGCACGAGAUGAUGCCCUGCAAGGACAUACACGACCAAUUGUCGGCGAGAUUUGUGGAUAUAUUCAGCAUGCUGUUGACUUCACUGUCUAGCUAUACAAAUUUGGCCGCACCGAUGUCACCACUAGCACCGCCUGCAAGUCCCAACCAACCAAAUAAAGCGUCUAGCAAGUUCGGCUUUGUGCCCAACAAGGAGCUUACUAAACUAAAUCCCUGCCAAAUAGCCCUUGAAACAUUUCAGGCGUUCCUUAAUAAUCUAGAAAUGGAGCAAAUUGCCACCGUGCUAACGAUUAAUCCACAACUGGCUGCCAGCACGGAUUGGCACAGCUACAUUGAGUUGCUGACCCCAAUGGCCAUUGGAAUGGCCAAUCAGCUGCAGCUGAGCAGCCCGUCUAUGCGGCAGUUGGUCAAUGCCUUGAGCAAGUAUGUUGCCUCGCCAUAUGAUGGCCAGCGGGUUGCGGCCGUUGGGUUCUACUCACGCCUGGUGCCACUCAAACCGAGCGGCGAGCUUGUAAGCCUCAUAAUGCUGCAUCUCAGCGCCGCUCUAAGCGAUCCCAAUCCCGUGGUGCGAGGACUCAGUCUACAAGGGAUGGGCUAUGUGGGUCAGCUGGGCGAGCACGAGUCCUCGCGAUUUUCGGAGCUGGCUAUACAAGCCUUACUUAAGGGAGUCGAUGAUAACGUCGGCGAUUGCCUUAUCAACAUACCGCUGGAGAGUAUGCGAGGACUGUCGCGCAUUCUUCAGGCUUUGCCCAGUGAACGAGUCGAACCAUUCCAUGUGUCGCUGGCCAUACGUAUACGACCCUUCUUUGGCAGCUAUUCGAUGGAAAUGCGCGAGGCGGCCAUUAUUCUGUUUGGGGAUCUGUGCGAAUCCAAGCAUGAUGACGGCAGCAGUUCGCCCACUUCAUCGAUGGAGGCGCUACGCGAACAGCUCUUUGCCAAUCUCUUUCCGCUGCUGCUGCAUAUGAGCGAAAUUGAGCCAGCUAUUGUUACAGCCUGCAAGAGCACACUACGACGUGUUUGUCAAUUGCUGCGCGCGGUGCGCGUCAAUGAAAUUGCCCAGCAGCAUCUCAGCAAUGAUGCGGAUCAGCUGAAUCAACUUAACUACAGCAGUUUCGUCGUGGAUUUUGUCAAAGUCAUUGCAGUAGAGCUGACGGAGCAUAUCCAGGACUUUAUAGACUCAUGCAUGCCCCAGUUGCGCAGCCAGUGGCCGGAGGUGCGUGGCAGUGCCGCUAUUGUUAUCGGCAUAUUGCACAAUUUCCUAAGCGAGCAGAACGCACAAACCGAAUCGGUGGCCAGUAAGAUUGCAGUGCUGCUCAAGGAUGAGCAGACGAUGGUGCGCGUGCGUGCUGCCCAGGCGCUGGGCCAUUUCUUUGGGGACAUCUAAUCAGGAGCCGUUGGGCACUGGGACCAAUAGAAACGGAACUCAAAAUCUUUACUACGUAUAAAGAGCAGUUUUAAUAACAUAAAAUGUUUGUCAGAUUUUUAUUAGUAUUUAUCUAAGUGUGAUCCUACAUAUAAAUAGCAUGGGUGUAACCAUUAUGUAUCCUUAUUAUGUUUGAUAACCAUUUAUGUUAUCU